AUGGUACAAUUGCUGACCGCCAUUCAAUAUCUCCACCACAGCAAUGUAUUUCACCGUGAUCUCAAACCAUCUAAUAUUCUUAUUACUGAAGAUGGUAUACUGAAGGUGGCAGAUUUUGGCUUGGCCAGAGAAUACGAAGGCCCUCAUAAACAAUAUUCGCCAGAUGUAGCAACACUAUGGUACUGUGCGCCAGAAUUGCUGCUAGACACCAAGACAUACUGCACUCCCAUAGACAUGUGGAGUGUCGGGUGUAUAUUUACUGAAGUAAUUGUGUUCCAGCCACUGUUCGUCACUGAAUCAGUAAAAGAAGUACUCCGGCUCUGA